AUGCCGCCGGUCAUCAAGGGCAUACCGCCUUCUUCUGCGUCGCUGCGCGUUCCGCCCGCUGAGAAGGAGGAGGCUCUUCACUUCGAGGAUUUUCAAGAGGUGUGCCUUCUAGCUGCCAUGUACCUCUAUCCCAAUCCGGUGGUACCGCUGCCUGAAAGAUACCAGCAAUUGCUGAUGGACAUGCUCGAGGGCCUGAAAAAUCGCAUGGAGCCAAGCGGGCUUGCCGAGGAGCCCUCCCUGGACCAGUUGGCCGUGCAGGCACAUGGUGUCGAAGAGUGGGAUGCGAAAUCAAGGUCUUUCAAAGACUUGCAGGAAGGACUGCAGGCUUCGGCGGAAUCUCCGGAUGCCGCCUGGAGUCGAAAAACGAGACUCGAAGGAAAAGGUACCCUCAAAGUCCAGAGGAGUUCUGACAAGGACUGGCAAACGCCGGCUGUCAGGAGAGGGUGCUGGGAGGCCUUUGGAGCACCGGAGACCCGGGUGUCCGCUUUGACGUCCAUCAAGAUCACUGCAGGCUCUUUAGAAGGGCUGGGCCUGCCGAAUGGGUCGAAGUUGGUGUCGGUUCUGGCUUUGCUAAAAGCCUCCAAGCGCUUGGGCCUUCAGCUGGAUGCUGCCGACGUCAAGAAGCGACGAUCCGAGAUCGGGAGGGAGGCGAUGCACAGGCGACGGUCCUCUGCCAUGGUCAAGGUCAAGUUCAUGGCAGACCGCCGGCCUGGACGCGCAAGCAUGCUCAACAGUUUGCUGCCAAGUGAGAGCCCACAGCCGAGCCGCAUGGCGGUGCUCGCCAUCGAAGGGCACAAGAAGCUCGAGGCCGCACAGCAGGAACUUUACGAUGCCUUCAGUGCCUGCUUUAAGACGGUCAAUGGCAGAAGUGUCGAGACAUGGCAGCCACAUGAGACAAUCAUGCUUUGCAAUGACACGACAUUCUUCGAUUUGACAGGAAUGGUGUCAAGACCCCGACGUGCACAGAAAAGCAGGGUCGUUGCCAAUGCUGCGAGAAUGCUUGCCACUGGCAUUACCUCCGACCCCACGGUGUUCCGAAUUCUGGCGCCGACGGCCAUCUUGGGAUAUGGGUUUCCUGAAGCUCCUUUCGAUGUGGCGGUGCGCGAGCAUGCCUUCAAUCUCAUUGCGGUAGAUGCCGGCUCCAUCGAUCCGGGACCUUACUACCUGGCAUCUCGCUCAUCGUUCACAUCGCUAGAUCAUGUCCUGCGAGACCUUCGUCUGAUGCUUCAGGGUGUCCGCCAGCAGGCAAGUAUGGGGCAGCGCUGCAAGCUGAUCGUGGGCUCAGCUGGGGGCUGUGGCACCAACAACCAGGUUGAGCUGCUUGCUCGCGAAGCUCGGAGGAUGAUGGCAGAGAUAGGCCUGGUCGCUCCAAUAGCGACAGUCCAGAGUGAGCUGCAAGCUGUGCAGCUGGCCGGGCGACAGCUGACACCUCUGGGCCUUAUGCCUGCCAUUGGCACAGAUGCCUUGGAAGGCUCGGUGAUCGUGGCGCAGAUGGGUCUGGAGCCCAUCAUGUCGGCGCUGGGACAUGCUGACAUAGUGCUGUGUGGACGUGCUUAUGACCCUGCUGUCUUUGCUGCUGAGCCCAUACGAUGCGGAUUUCCUGCUUCAGCCGCGCUGCACGCCGCCAAAGUGCUCGAGUGCGGCGCAAUUGCAACCGUGCCUGGAAGUGGCAGCGACUGCCUCGUUGCAGAACUGGACAGAGGCCAGGCAACAGCAAGGUUCUGGGCGCCGAACAGGAAGAGACAAGCCACAGCUCUGAGUGUCGCUGCGCACACUCUCUACGAGAAGAGCCACCCUCAUCUCUUCGGCUUGCCUGGUGGUGUAUUGAGCACCAAGCACGCGGUCUUCAAGCAGCGCGGCCGGGUUGUGGAAGUGGAGGGCACGAAGCUCACAAGGGUGCCACCCGCAGUGAAGCUGGAAGGAGCUAGGGUGCGUGGGUUCCGCACAGUUGCCAUUGACUUCCUUCCCGGCACGGCGGAUGUGGAACCAUCCGAUAGCACGAUGGUGUACGGGAGGAACGGUGUCGAGGAUUCCUGGGUCAACUCUGGUGAAGAGCUCGGUAUUCUGGUCACCGUUUCUGGAGGGGGCAUCGAAAGGAACAGAUCACAUUUGGCCCUCCUCCGUGCCACGUUGCUGCACUGGGGCUUUGAUGGCCGGAAAGCCACGGCUGGGAACUUGGCAUUUCCAUUCUCACCAUCCGACCUUCAAUUUGGUGACGAGGGAGUUCUGACAAUUUGUGGCACAAGAGAUCCGAGCUUUAUCUCACGGUGGCAAGAGAUUCUAAAGGAGGUGGAAGACUACGUCCAGAGCCUCUCAUGCCAAGAGGGCCUGACUGUUCGCUUCGUUGCUGCGGGUCUGCAGGGUCAGCAUCUUCUUCAGUGCCGCGAGGUUGUUGCAAGCACUGCAGCAGCAGCACGCACGCAGCUUCAAGCAGAUCCAAGAGCGAUCGAAAGCUGGCUGUGCCAUGGAAGCGUUGCAGCCGACUACACAGUCCAUCAUCUGCUCGAUCUAGACGAGAAGCUCUUGCGCGAUCUCUUCCCAAUCCGUGUACUGCACAGCGAUGGCUCAGAAGAGGAUGUGGAGGCAACCCUGUUGCCUUGGGAUGCUCCUCCGACUGCUUCGUCGGCAGAGGCAUACCAAGACUGGGAGUCUUCUGCGAAGCCUUCAGGGUGGCGAGUGGCUGGGUGCAAUCUCGGAGACCUGGCGAAAGUGGUGCGUUCCAAGAACGCCGGCGUAAAUGAAAUUACCUACGACUUAAUGUUUGCCGAUGAGGAGUCUUACAAUUAUGCCAAAAGCAGUCCAGCACUGGAUGCUUCUGCAGUUCCGUUGCAAAAUAUUUUGGGCAUCUUUUGCGAUGACACGUGCUGGGCCAUCAAGAUCACAUGUGCCCGGCAGGUUCUUGCCGGCAGUGCCGGUGAUCGUGAUGUUUACGGCGCACAGCAGCACAGCCGGCUCUUGUCCGUUCAGCUUUGA